CGUGGAAAGGCUUUUAUGAUUACCUAUCUAGGUACUGUCGAUGGUACUAACCGGCCGCCAGCAAUAAGCCCUCUUAGGCUUUCGAGGCAGAUUUACAUGAAUAUAAAAGGCCCCGCGAGAUAAGGCAACCCGUCAAGGUUUCAGAAGACCACCACAUCUCUUUGAGCGUCCCUCUCCUUGGAAACUUCAGCUAUUGAGAAGAUCAGGUAUCAACUGCCUGCUGAACUGCCGGGCCAGUUGGCGAGCUCCUCAAGAUGAGUUGGCUCGCGAUCAUCUUGACGCUCUUCGCGCUUUGGCUUUCUUCAAACCUCUACGGCCUGCUAAGAAACUACCUUGCCGCCCGCAAAACGGGCCUUCCGCUUUUCCUCUUGCCCAUCAACAUAUAUAACCCAAUUUGGAUGGUAACCCUCGUGCCCCUAAACCCGCUGUUCAAGAGGAUCUUUCCAUCAUGGCUCUACGAGAGCGUCGACAUCGGGACUUACGGCUUCGAGGUCCGCCUGAAGAGCUCCCUCUUCGAGAAAACCGGCCCGGCCUUCAUCCUCGUCACCUCAGGCCCCAUGGAAAUGAGCAUUAUUGACCCCGAACUUAUCUUCGAGAUACUCAAACGCCCCAAGGACUUCCCCAACACCGAGAUAAGUGCUGUUAUCAUGGACAUUUUUGGAAGUUCCGUCCUCACCACCAACGGCGAGACAUGGUCCCGUCAGCGCAAACUCAUCGCACCCAAUAUCAACGAAAAGAUCAGCAGCCUAGUCUUCGGUGAAUCAUGCCGUCAGGCGCGCGAGAUGCUGUCCUUCUACAUGGACGAUGUCAAGGGCGUCACGAAUGACACAAUGAGAGGCAUGAAGAAAGUCGCCAUAAACGUCCUGGGCACAGCAGGAUUCGGUAUUUCACGCCCCUGGAACGACUCUGAGGAGGCGACCCGCUCCAAAGGCCAUCGCCUGACGUACAUGGAGGCCACCAAGAUCGUCGUCGAGAACAUUGUCACCGCAGCUGUCCUCCCCGCAAAGCUAAUCGUUCUACCAUUCUUCCCCAAGGACAUGCAAGACUUGGGCCACGCGAAGAACGACUUCCCAAUCCUUUCCAGUGCCAUGCUUGCCAAUGAGCGCAAACUGCAAGAAACCACUGCGGAGCCACGACACAAUCUCAUGAGCAUGCUCGUGCGGUUUGCCGAAUCUAACGACGAGAAAUCCGCUGGUACCCAAUACCUCAGCGAAGAAGAAAUCCAAGGCAACCUCUUCAUUUUCACGGCGGCGGGCUUCGACACGACAGCCAACACCAUGGCCUACGCCUUAGCCUUCCUCGCAACAUUCCCAAAAUGGCAAGACUGGAUAUACGAGGAAAUCAGCCAAGUUGUAGGCGAUCGGGAAGUCGAGUAUCUCGAGUACGCUGACAUCUUCCCCCGACUCCCACGCUGUCUGGCUCUUAUGUUCGAAACAAUGCGCCUCUUCCCACCGCUAGUGCACAUCGCCAGAACGACCGACAAAAAUCACGACGUAACCAUCACCACCUCGACGAGGUCCUACCUUAUUCCGCGUGGCACAAACAUCUACAUCAGCACGGUAGGCCUCCACCGCGACAAGUCGACAUGGGGCAAAGACGCCCAGACAUUCCGUCCCUCGAGAUGGAUUAUCGACGAAACAAUUACACCAGACUCGCCGACAUCCACAAUCGCCAACUUAAAGACCAUGCCCAAGGGCACGUUCGUGCCGUGGUCAACGGGACCGCGAUCAUGCCCGGGCAUGAAGAUGAGUCAAGUCGAGUUCGUGAGCGUCUUUAUGACCAUCUUCCGCAGAUAUCGGUGCGAAGCUGUGAGACUAGACACAAACGAGACGGACGAGCAGGUUCAGGGACGGUUCGAGGCGGUCAUGGAGGACAGCGCACCUCGGUUGACGCUGCAGAUGAACAGGAACCAGGAUCUCAAGAUCAGAUGGAUCAAGCGAUGACUCUGCCGGACACAGGAUACCACCACACAUCGAGACCAGAGUCGAAGAAGACCCGGUGACCUGCUCAUCAUUCUUUAGGUGUGUGCACUAUUUUAUAAUUGAUACUGAUAGCAGACUCGCGGUGUAAAAGUAGACGCGAGUCCCCAUGUCCAUUUCAGGGGGCAAUGUAUUGACUCAUGGUCCUGGUUGAAAGGACAGCCCCUGACUCGACUAAUCACGUGAAACGAACGGAGGUAUCGGCGGAACUCAGUUCCGAUCACCUACGGGUGUUUGUUUUUCGGCAGGGC